AUGUCUGACGCCGGUUCGCAUGCCGGUCUCGACGAGGCUGGUGUUGCCCGCAAGGCGCAGCAAGCUGAGGACCUCGCUCGCGCAAAGGCUGCAGGUUGGGCCAAUCCCAUCCCUUUCAAUUAUGAGGCUGCAGUUCCCGGUACUGCCGACCCCGAGGAGUCGCGCGAUACCGUUGCUUGGCUUUCCGACGCCGUCAUCUACGCCUGGGACGACGAUUUCGGCGACGUUGGCGCGCCCAAUCCGGAGCUCGAGAAGAUGCUCUUCGCCGACGAGUUCCUUCAGCGUGCUGGUACAUCUCUCGGCAUGCUCGGUAACUACAACGUCGAAGUUACUGGUCCGGAGCCGGUCAAGCCUGUUAAGGAGUUCGACGACGCUGGUCUUCAUCCAGUCAUGAGCGAGAACAUCAAGCUCUGCCAGUAUAGAUUCCCCACGCCGAUUCAGUCGUACUGUAUUCCGGCUGUUCUUUCUGGACGCGACGUUAUCGGCGUUGCUCAGACUGGUUCUGGCAAGACCGCGGCCUUCCUCAUUCCCAUCCUGUCUAGGCUGAUGGGCAAGGCUCGCCAGCUUGCCGCGCCUCGUCCCAACCCGGCUCGCUACAACCCCCAGACUGACCGCGUUCGCGCUGAGCCUCUGGUGCUGGUCGUCUGCCCCACCCGCGAGCUUGCUUGCCAGAUCUUCGAUGAGGCCCGUCGCCUGUGCUACCGCACUAUGUUACGUCCUUGCGUCAUCUACGGCGGUGCUCCCAGCAGGAACCAGCGCGAGCAGCUUGAGAUGGGUUGCGACAUCCUCAUUGCCACCCCAGGUCGUCUGAUGGACUUCAUGGGGAACAUCUCAUUGCUCUCCCUGAAGCGUCUCAAGUACACAAUCAUCGAUGAGGCUGAUGAACUCCUCUCCAAUGGCUGGGAGGAGAUCAUGGAGAAGCUGUUCCAGGGUGGUGGCGACAUCAACAGCGAUGGUGAUCACACCUACCUCAUGUUCUCCGCGACGUUCCCCAAGGAGGCUCGUCGUCUCGCCAAGGAAUAUAUGGAGGAAGACGCUGUCCGUAUUAAGGUUGGCCGCGUCGGCAGCACCCACGAGAACAUCAAGCAGCAAAUCGUCUACGUCGCCGAGAGUGAGAAGAACCAGGCACUUUUCGACCUCAUCUUCUCUGAGGAGCCGGGUCGCAUCCUUGUAUUCACCAACUCCAAAUUCAAGUGCGACACCGUCGAUGACUUCAUCUACAACAAGGGCCUGCCUGUCACUUCGAUGCACUCUGACCGUACUCAGCGCGAGCGUGAAGAUGCUCUACGUUCAUUCCGAACUGGCCGUUGCCCCAUCAUGGUCGCUACCGGCGUGAGUGCCCGUGGUCUCGAUGUCGCUAACAUCAAGCACGUCAUCAACUACGACCUGCCUUCUACUCAGCAUGGAGGCAUCACCGAGUACAUUCACCGCAUUGGCCGUACUGCGCGUAUCGGCAAUGAGGGCAAGGCUACCUCGUUCUUCAACGACCGCAACGACGACCUCGGCGAGGACCUCUGCAAGAUCCUCAUUGAGGCCAAGCAAGAGAUUCCUGAGUUUCUCGAACAGUUCAAGCCCGAGAACCCUGAGGCCAUCGAGUGGCACGACGGCACCGACGAUGAGUCUGAUGGCGGCAUUGGAGGCGACGCUGGCUUCGGUGGAGGCUUCGGUGGCGACGCUGGCUUUGGCGACGGUGAUGCUGGCGAUGACGCUGGUGGAUUUGGUGGCGGUGAUGAGGGAUUCGGCGCCGACACUGGUGGUUUCUCUGUCGAUACCAGCGACAAGGUUGCCUCCUGGUAG